AUGACCACUCCAAACGUAGCCUCGUGUAGCCGGAGCAGCACCGAACAGACCUCAGAAAGGUCGUCGAACAGCUCGAAUGAGAUGGCCUCCGUUAGCGUCCUAGAUUUGCCGUGGCGCGUAGUCCGACAGCUGCGCCCGACCGCGAACCGGCACAUCUUCAGGCCGCACGCCGUCCACUGGGUCAGCAGGUAUGUUUUUUUCUCUGGAUACAUAAAAUAUUGGUGGAAAAAAGUUUCAUCGAAAAUUUUUCAGGAAAGACGCAUUCACAACCCAGACUUUCGUUUGGAAGUGGUCUCCCGACGGUCGCUUCGGAGUCGACGCUUCGGUUUCAUCAUGAGUUUUAUGAUUUAAUCAGAAUGACUUUCAGGGCGGUCGGCACAAUGUACAUACUUCUCAGGAUCGUGUUCUGGCCUUUUUCGACUUGUACGACAUGACAUGGCGGCAUUACGAGACAAGCGGCCUUCGUUUUCACGUCUGUUUUUUUUUGCGGACUUGAUAAAUUUUUUUUUUUUUGAUUCUUCUCUCUCUUCUCGAUUUUUGGAGAGAGGGAAAUUUUUCUCAAAUAUUCAGCAGCAGCCAUCAAACUGCGAUACACAAGGGAUUUUAUAGCAUAGUUCUAAUUAUAUCUUAGAUCCAAAUUAAUCCUGUAACUUCGAGAAAUUUUUUUGAGCGGUCGCCUUAACCACUGACCUACAUAAAGUGGAUAACUUUUCUACUAUCUGACUGAGAUUUGUUAAAAAGCUUCAUUUUUUUUUUAUGAUGAUAAAAAAUAUUUGGAGGUGCCGCGAUUCGCUUUUAUCUACUGGCUCUCCGAAGACAAGCUGGCCAUCGUGUCUUUGGUCUACCGGGAUCACGGUGAUGAUCUCCAGCAGAUUCCUCUGAUUUUUGAACAAAUCGUUCUGCAUGUCGACCACCGCAAUACUUCUGUAUCUGUUGUCAAAAGCAAGUGAGUGGUUUUUAUUGAAAAUAGAAAGCUCAUAACACUCCUUUCAAAUAGUACCAUUCAUUUUUUCAAUCAAUAGUCCAAUUUUUUUCUGAAAGUCCUCCUUUUCAUUUAGAAUAUAUGAAACAACGGAAUCAAUCGAUUACAAUGUUUGGUUUCACGUCUUCAACGACCGUUACGGAGAGCCGUUUCUAGCUAAUAAUAAUGGUAAGAUUUUUUCUUUGGGAUUUGCAAGUUCGAAUCGUAUUUUCAGACAAAUAUCUGGUCUUCUCGAAUACGAAGGAUUGCCUCGUCCUCAUUCCAUAUUUACCGAAUGAUGAUCUCGACGUGAAAUACGUGAAGGUCAACAUGAAUAGUUACCUUCGAAGGCACUUCAAUUUCAGUUAGUUUUUAUUUUUUAUUUUUUUGAGAUUUUGAAGAAUUUUUUGGAAUUGCACUAGCAUAAAAAUUAGAUGAAACAAAAGAUGUGAAUUUUCUGAAAAGGGCGAUCUGAAAAAUUUCAUAUUUUUAAGCGGGGAGGUGAAAAUGUUUUUAUUCAAGGUACCUUCUAAUAUUGCUCGAAUGAAUUGCGAAUAUUUAAAUUAUAGAAAAUCUUUAUUUUGUUGUGUGUUCUUGCGUUCUGGUUAGCCGCUAGAAUUACAUGUUCGGACGAUUUGAGUAUAAAAAAUAUAUAUUUCAAAGUUCUGUCAGAAAUAUUGAACUCCUGUUCCAGUGUUCAACGAGUCGAUGAUAGUCUACGACGACCUGUACUUGGUGCCGUUCGUUUACCGGGAGGAAGUUCAUUUGCUCGUCCACACGACGUGUGAGAAAUGCUCGACGGUGAAAGUCUCCAUCCGACUCGCCGACUUUUUGGAGCAGCAAAAUCUCAAAAAUCCUGACACGAAUCACUUCGAGCUGUUAUAUGGUAGAGAAAAAUUAAUAUUGCAGGAAGAACUUUUUUAUAGGCGCCUUCAUCACGCUCAGCGUCGUGGACAAGCCGUGCUACCGUCUGGGUCUGUCAGUCGCUUCGCAAGACGGAAGACUUGUCGUUCUGACCGAUGGCGCCAUGGACAAGUGCGAUUUACCGGAGUCGAAUCGUCUUCAGAUGGUUUGAUCUCCACAGAAAGUACAUAGGAUGGCUAUUUUCCGUGGUCUUCAAGUAUUCUCUUAUCAAUGAGAAAAACGAGUCUCCUUUCGGAUUUUUCUAUGCCGAUUGGAUAUAUUUUUCAAAAAGAAAAAAAGAAACUCAUAAAGAACAAUUGAACUCAAUAAGAAAGUUUAUAUCGAAGUUAGGUUUAAAUAAUGUUGGAAAAUCAGUUUAAAGAAGACAGUUUUUUAUUAUCUCUGCAUUCAGCUCGUUUCGACUUGGCGUGAUCGUUGUAAGAACUGCAAGAAGCUGGUGGUCGUGUUGGACUUGGAGACGGGUUCUGUGAAACGGAUGCUCCUCAACUUGCUUCCGUUGGUUUUUUUUAAAAUUAUAAUAUGAUGGUUAAGAGUCGUAAUUUUUUUUUUCUGAUUUCCUGCUUAUGAGUACAGCUUUUUUGGAAACAGAAGAAUUGGGGCAGCUAUAUCCCGAAAAAAGGAAGUUUUGCAGGACCGAUGUCUUGACGCCUCAUCCUUCGGGAUCGAUCCUCAUGUUCCGUUACAAGGAGAUGUAUGGGAUGCAGAUGAGCGCCUUGAGUCUGUUUCCGCCUCUUUCCCUUCUUGUCCGAGCUCAACAAGCCAUUUUCACCUCGUUGACGUCGACGCGCCGUCGUGCCUGGCAUCUGCCGGAGAUCCAGUCGCGGUACGGCGAUCCCAACGUCUUCAAGACCGAGGCGAGGGCUCGUGGCGAGAUGCCUAGGACGCUUUCCAACCAUCGGAGCCGCACCGAAAUUCGUUCUUCGAGGCUUCCCGUCUGCCAAGGAACUUGCAGACGAGGAAGGAGAGUCGAACGCCGUAAGAGUUGCUGA